UUGCCCGAUUUGAGAGUGCUAGACCUCUCUAACAACGAGAUUGUACUUAAAGAGAGUGAUGUCGACUUUUUAACACAUACUCCACGAUUGACUCAGUUGUACUUACGACGAGCAUUCACUGCUACGAUAAAUAGAACGAUUCAAUUUGAUUUGAUGAUGAGAAUGUUCAGGAGGGCGAAUCUGAAAUAUUUGGAGGUAUUAGAUCUUUCGUAUAAUUUUCUCCAAUCUGUGCCAUACGAUUUACCGUGCCCAUUUCCUUCGCUGACAACUCUGGAUUUGCGUCAAAAUUUUCUAAAAACCUUAUAUGUAAACUCUUCAUGUUUGUCUAACAUUCAGUUCUUAGACCUGAGCAGGAAUCAGUUUUAUUCGCUGACACCUUCGUUUCGUCAGUUAGCAACGAUGGCACAGAUGGACACCUAUGUACUGCGUAAUCCGUUUCAUUGCGAUUGCAAAUCAACUGAUUAUAUCAGUUGGGUUCGAAACACAAAUGUUAUUCGCGACAAGCAUAUGUUGGUUUGUGAUCGUGCCAGUCCUCGAGAUUUUGUCGGUACUCGUCUUGUCGAAGUGCCUUUACAAAAACUGGACUGUUCAAUCAAUCUGUUUGUGAUGAGUUCAUGGAAUCCAUCGUCAUAUUUUGUCUUUCCUGUUUUCCUCCUCUUUAUCAGAUUUAUGUGA